AUGCCUUCUCAGUUUAAUAUCGACGAUUUCGAAAGACUGAGUAAAGUAGGGGAAGGUACAUACGGUAUUGUGUAUAAAGUUUGUCAUCGACCAACAUCACAGAUAUAUGCUUUGAAAAAGAUUCGAUUGGAAGGCGAAGAUGAUGGAGUGCCGGCAACAGCUAUUCGGGAAAUAUCAAUUUUGAAAGAACUUCGACAUCAAAAUAUUGUUCAACUUCGUGAUGUGAUUCUGACUGAUGCUCGACUUUAUUUAAUAUUCGAAUAUUUAGCAAUGGAUCUGAAGAAAUAUUUAGACUGCUUAGGUGAAAAUGAAGACAUGGAUGUUCUUUUAAUUCGAAGUUAUAUGUAUCAAAUAAUCGAUGCAUUACUUUUUUGUCAUUGUCGACGAAUAAUUCAUCGUGAUUUGAAACCACAAAAUUUGCUUGUGGAUACCAAAGGUAUUAUUAAACUUGCUGAUUUUGGCUUAGCACGAGCAUUUAGUGUUCCAUUGAGAAUUUAUACACAUGAAGUUGUGACAUUGUGGUAUCGUGCGCCUGAAGUAUUGCUCGGUGCGUCGCGUUAUUCAUGUCCAGUUGAUGUUUGGUCUGUUGGUUGUAUUUUUGCUGAAAUGUAUACAAAACGUCCAUUGUUUCAAGGUGACUCGGAAAUCGAUCAACUCUUUCGCAUUUUUCGAACACUCGGUACACCAACAGACGAAACAUGGCCUGGUGUUGUAUCGUUACCAGAAUUUAAAUCAUCAUUUCCGCGAUGGAAACAAAGCAGCGAUCUAUCAUCCUUACUUAAUGAUCGUAUGCGUGAUGACGCACUUGAUUUACUUCUUAAAAUGCUUGUCUACGAUCCAGUGCGACGUAUAUCAGCUAAACAAUGCCUUAGUCAUUCUUAUUUCAAACAAUUUGAUCCACAAAAUCUACCUGUACCGGCACCCGUUGUUGUACCUGUUGUGAAAGAGAGUGCCAAAAGAAGAUACAUUUGCGAUCAUCAUUGGUGUAACGUUAUAACUCGAUUACUUAAGUCAGCGUGUCAGACCAUGCGAGACACAUCGUAUUGUUUCAUCAAUCCUCGUCUUGUCAGAUCUCAACGCUUUGUAGUUGAGGCCGACCAUCAGCAUGAAACUACCAGACAGAAGAUGGCCAUACCAAGAUAA